GUCAAACUGACAAACUUGACAGAGGCAAAAGUACAGUUUUCAAUUUUUCAUGCAGUUUUCAACAAGUUUCGUAAAUUCGUAAAACAUUUGUUUUAAUUGAUUGACUAUUAUAAUGAGCCUAUGAGAUUUUCACUUUGAAAAUAUGUCUCAUACUCUUAAAUUAUUUUAUAGACAAACACAUUGCUUCCUAAAUAUAACCACACCGGUGAGAUGUAGUGCAAACCAAUAUCCAAUCCGGAUUUUAGCUAGUGGUAUCAGCUAUCAAAGUAACCCAGCUUGGAAUACAUUGAACAGCAGGAAGGGUAAUAGUAUAUCAUCGUGUCAAUUACGAAAUUACGUUAAACCUGAAGGGAGCAAUGGCUGUGACACACCUGAGAAACCCACACCCCCAGAAAAACAAGGGCUUUUCCAAAAGUUUAAGGAUAUGUACAAAAACUACUGGUAUGUCUUAGUACCCGUGCACCUGGCUACUUCUGCAGUUUGGCUCGGUUCUUUCUAUUAUACUGUGAGAAGUGGUGUAGAUAUAAUACCUAUGCUAGAAACAAUGGGGAUCAGUGAAAAACUGUUAGAGCCAUUGAAAAACUCGUCUGCGGGCUAUUAUGCACUUACUUUUGCUCUGUAUAAAAUAGCCACACCCCUUCGAUAUGCUGUCACUGUUGGUGGCACAACUCUUGCUAUUAGAAAGUUAACAGCACUGGGCUGGAUAAAACCAGUGCCAUCAAGACAGCAAUUCAAGGUGAUGCUGCAAGAAAGAAAGGAAGGUUUGCAGGACCGGUUCAAUGAGAGUAAGGCCCACUACCGUCUGACACAGAUGCGGCAGCAGGGGACAAAGGUUAUGGACGAAAUGCGACGAUAUAAGACCGAAAUACGAAACAUGAAGAAUAAAGUCAAGAAAAUGUAAGACUAACUAAAUAUAGUGUAGUGAUUUAGGGCUUGGCCAAGCCUUAAAGGUUGAAGCGGUCAAACCUAAAACUCUUACAUAUUGUCAGGUGACAACCAAAACUAAUUACUACUACAAGAUCAUAGCCAUAGUGAACCAAAGUACAUAGUACCAAAACAAGGUUGAUUUUGUUAAAUAUUAUUUUUGUCAAAAUCUACUAUAUUGUCACCUGACAAUAUAUAGUGUAAAUAACAUUAUUUGCGGUAUUUGACGUCUGUCACUCACAACAGCAAUACUACGUAAAAUGUCUUGCACAUCGAAAUCACAAAGGAAAACAACUGCACUGCGAACGUUUACGUUCUACGUCUUUUUUUUUUUAAUUUUAGGGUUGGCCGGACACCACCGUUAUGAAUCGGUAGUCGUCUAAGUAAAUCGAUAUGAAUUUUUCAUUUUUCUUUUAAUAAAAAUAAGGAAAAGGUGGAUAAUUAACUGCAAAUAUGGAUAUAUUUAUCGUCACUUAACAGACAACAAAUUUGACACAGGAAUAACAUAAAUAAACUUUCAAAUAGAUCCCCAGUUAGUUUCAAUUUUGACAAUGGGUGCGACCUACUCGGUCGGUGUAUUAAAUACACCGGCCGACCGGUAGCUUGCGGGAAAACCAUAUAAUUCUAACUUUAUUUAAAUCUCAAAUAAAAAUUCAUUAUACGUCACAAUUCGAUACCUCAGUCUACGUGCCAUCCAAUCGUAAUCGCUUGCUGUGACAAUCGAUUUGCGUUAGUUACAUCUCUAUAUACGUCAGUCAUAAUGUGUCAAAUACCGCAAAUAAUGUUAUUUACACUAUAGUAGAUUUUGACAUUUAAGACUCAGUCGAGACCUAACUUGCUUUGCUAGGUAAAAGGUAAUGACUAAAUCUUCAUCAUAAGCAAGUAGUUGUUGUAUGGGAAAGUGUUUACACUUCUGUGAUGCACAAUGUAAAUUACAAGUAUUGUUUUUGAAUUUCUAUUUUACAAUUAUAUUUUGAUUGAGUAUCUACUCUCAAGAUCUAGUUUUGCACGAGUUGAUACUAAAAAUUCAUGAUAUUAUUUGUAAAGUGUGGGUAAUGUGGUAACUGUCCAUUAUUAAGGCAAUAGGAAUUUCAUAGAAAUUACUCAAAGGAAAAUAUGUUUAUGAAUUUCACUGUGUAUAUAUAUUAUAAGUACUGUGUUUAUUUAUUUAUAUAUGGGCCAUAGCAGAGUGGUGAGUGUAAAAGGUUACUUAUAAAAUAGGUUCCUUUUAAAUUAUUAAACAAUUUAUAAAAUUUUGAAAUAUUUAUUGUUUAAAUAUUAUUAUUUAAAUAUUAAAAAGUUAUGCCUUAACAAA